AUGUCGAUGAGCCCCAAGCAUACGACUCCUUUCUCUGUUUCCGAUAUCUUGAGUCCCCUCGAGGAGAGCUAUAAGAAAGUAGUGAGUAUGGAGAACAACAACCUGGGGGCGCCUCUCACCUCCUACCGGCAGCCGCAGGUCUCCCAGGCGGCCAUGCAGCAGCACCACAUGGGCCACAACGGCAGCGUGUCGGCGGCUUACCACAUGAGCGCGGCAGGUGUCCCCCAGCUGUCACACGCCGCCAUGGGGGGCUACUGUAACGGCAACCUGGCCAACAUGGGCGACCUGCCGUCGUACCAGGACGGCAUGAGGAGCGGCGCCACGGCCACCGGCUGGUACGGAGCCAACCCGGACCCCCGGUUCUCUACCAUUUCCCGCUUCAUGGGCUCGUCCUCGGGCAUGAACAUGGGCAGCAUGGGCAGCCUCAGCUCCCUGACGGACGUCGGCAAAGGCAUGGGUCCCCUGUCGAGCACCCCGAGGAGGAAGAGGAGGGUGCUGUUCUCCCAGGCGCAGGUGUACGAGCUGGAGAGACGCUUCAAACAGCAGAAAUACCUCUCGGCUCCGGAGAGGGAGCACCUCGCCAGCAUGAUCCACCUCACCCCGACCCAGGUGAAGAUCUGGUUCCAGAACCACCGGUAUAAAAUGAAGAGGCAGGCGAAGGACAAGGUCUCCCAGCAGCAGAUGCAGCAGGAGAGCGGCUCCUGUCAGCAGCAGCAGCAGCAGCAGCAGCAGCAGCACUCUCCGAGGCGGGUGGCCGUGCCGGUGCUGGUGAAGGACGGGAAACCGUGCCAAGGCAGCGGCCACACUCCCACCUCUGCAGCAGCACAGGGCCACCAGCAGCAGGGCGGCAACGUCAUGAUCAUGGCGAACAGCAGCUCCGGCCUCGGGCAUCAGCACGCGAGCCAGCAGCAGGUGGGCAGCGCGGAUCACUCGCCGGAUCUGGUGCAGCACUCGGCCAGUCCGCCGUCGCUGCAGAGCCAAGUGGCCGGUCUGUCUCACCUGAACUCGUCCGGGGCCGAGUACGGCACGGCCCUGCAGUGCUCCGCCUUGUUAUACGGCAGGACGUGGUGA